AUGCAGCUGUUGAUACAAGCUAGUCCGUUGAUAGAUAAAUUAAAACAUUGGCACCGAGCUAUAUCUUUUAAUGAAGUCCAGUUAACAACUUCUCAGAAGGUUGUACUAUGGAGCUUAGGAGUUGUAGGUACAAGUGCUGUAGUAGUUGGUGUACUAUCAAGGUAUUUAGCCAGGCGACGAGCCAAACCUAUAAUAAACCCUCGGAUUCAAAGGGCCAUUAAUAAAAGAAUCUCCCGAAUGAGAAGUCCGAACGGAGGAAUGGGAUCGGUAGCUAGUAGUGGUGGUCGUAGCAGUCCAUUGGGCUUUAGUGAACGAUUGUCCCUUGCGUCAGGAUCCAUUGGUUCAGGAGCUGGAGACGCUGCGCCGUUAUCACCUCAGCAACUUGGAGUUAUGGGUAAGUAA